GGGCACUGGUGGGUGGCACUGGUGGGCACAGGUGGGUGGCACUACUGGGCACAGAUAGGUGGCACUUCUGGGCACAGGUGGGCGCACUGCUGGGCACAGGUGGGUGCAUUGCUGGGCACAGGUGGGCGCACUGCUGGGCACAGGUGGGUGCAUUGCUGGGCACAGGUGGGCGGAACUUGUGUGUGGCACUGCUGGGCACCGAUCAUCAGGGCACUGGUGAUCAGUGACCCUGAUGAUCGGUGCCGAUCCCCGCUCUGACAGCUGCCGGUUUUCGGCAGUACUUUCCUCACGAUCUGACAGCGUGAGGAAUGUGCAGCCGAGAACCGGCAUUUGCAU